GGAAUUAGCCGCCCUGCUCGCGCGCGUUAAGCCUGGUGCGGGAACGCGCGCGGAUUUUCAACCAUCUCAGCGCUGCGCCUCGCGCUUCUCUCUCCAACUCCAUGGCGAUGAACAGAUUCUCCAGUGGCACUGAAGCAUGGAACGGGACAGAGCGAAUGCGUGUUGCCACAGGGAUGAGUGAGUCGUCAUCCAUCCAGUCAGAGAAGCUGCUCUCACUCGCCCGCUCACUCUCAGAGUUGGGGGCGGACACAGCCAAUGGAAACCCGAAUGCCAACCCCAACUCUGAAGGAGACCAGCUCCCUCUGGAGUCCAAUAUAGAGCUUGGCCGUGGACUGUUCUUCUCCGAUGGACGCAGGAAGGUGGACUACGUUCUGGCCUAUCAUUACAAGAAGAGGCGGACUUCCCAACCACGCCUUUCCAUUGUGUCCAAUGGGAGUCUGCCAAUGCCAGCAGCUGUCAGAUCUGAUGCACAUGCCGAGCUGGGGGAGGGGCAAGGGGUGGGGCCGGAUGGAUCGGGGGAGGAGUCUAAAAUGAGUCAGGAAGAAAAGGCCCUCAUCAGGGAAGAGUUUGAAUAUGGACUGUUGGAGGCUGGACUACAGAUUGAACGAGAUAAAGAGACUAAGUCACAAGGAAUAGGUUUUAUUCGGCUGCACGUUCCCUGGCCUACACUCAGCCGAGAGGCGGAGCUUCAGAAGAUCAAAGUGCCGGUAAAGAAGAGUUACGAGCUGCGGGAGCGAACAGGCAUUGCCGGGUCUCUGAUCUCCUUGUGGACUAUGCUGAACCAGCCCUUCCAACCCGACGUCCCUGACCCACAGAACAACACCAACACACAGACCAAGACACGCUCCAAGACGCUCACACACCCAUUCCUCCGAGAAAAACUACACCUGUUUGACAUUGAGUCGACAGAUACCCUAUUUGACAGUGCCACACGCUGCAGAAUAGUUGCUGAGAUAUUGUCACGUAUUACCUGCACACAAAUUUGCCAAACCACUGGCAUCACAGCAUUACUGGCUAAUGGUGUCUACGAUUCUGCCUUCCCUCUACAUGAUGGAUCAUUCACGAGGAAAGGCGGGAAAGAUCAACGCAAUGAUCGACAGCUCCUCCAUGAGGAAUGGGCCAACUAUGGAGUCAUGCACAAGUACCAGCCUGUGGACUUGAUCAGGAAGUACUUUGGGGAGCAGAUAGGUUUGUAUUUCGCCUGGCUGGGAGUCUACACCCAGCUCCUCAUCCCCCCCUCUGUCCUGGGGGUCAUCGUCUUCCUUUAUGGCUGCUUCACGGUCGACACCAACGUGCCCAGUCAAGAGACAUGUGAUGACGGUCUGAACUUCACCAUGUGUCCCUUGUGUGACGGAGUGUGUGAUUACUGGCGUCUGAGCUCAGUGUGUUCCCUGGCCAGGGCCUCCUACCUGUUUGACAACGGAGCCACAGUCCUCUUUGCGAUUUUCAUGUCCCUCUGGGCUGCCCUGUUUCUUGAACACUGGAAGAGGCGGCAGAUGUGCUUGAAACACAGUUGGGACCUUACCAGCUUGGAGGAUGAGGAGGAGAGAGUGCAGGACGAGCCGAGGCCUGAGUAUGAAACCGUUCUACAGGAGAAGAAACAGAAGAUGAAAACAAAAAAGAGGAAGAGCAAUCAGGAGGAAGUAGGAGGUGGCGGAGAGAGAGACAAGAUGCUGGCCUCACAGAGAGAGCCAGAGUCUCUGACUAUUGAGGAUCGUCUCCCUGGUUACCUUAUCAAUAUCUCCACUAUUUUGCUUAUGAUUGGAGUAACGUUCUCAGCAGUGUUUGGUGUGAUCAUGUAUCGUAUCUCCACGUUGGCUAGCUGGUCUAUGAACCCUGACCCUGAGGCCAAGGCUAGCGUGAGGAUGACCGUCACCACCACAGCCAUCAUCAUCAACUUGCUGGUGGUGUUGGUGCUGGAUGAGAUCUAUGGAGCCAUUGCUGUCUGGCUAACUGAACUGGAAAUCCCUAAAACGGAGGCCGAGUUUGAGGAGCGCUUGAUCCUGAAGGCUUUUUUCCUCAAGUCCAUGAACGCCUUUGCACCUAUCUUCUAUGUGGCCUUCUUCAAGGGCAGGUUUUCCGGGCGACCAGGGGACUAUGUUUAUAUCUUCGGAGACUUCCGCAUGGAGGAGUGUGCCCCUCCAGGCUGUCUUAUUGAGCUCUGUAUCCAGCUCAGUAUGAUCAUGCUGGGGAAACAGCUCAUCCAAAACAACGUCUUUGAAAUAGUUAUACCAAAGCUGAAAAAGAUGUACAGAACCAUGAAAGAGAAGGAUAAAGCCAAAGGAGAGGAAGAAGAGGAGGAGGAGAAGAGACCCAAGCAGCAGUGGGACAAAGAUCACGCCCUGGAGCCCUUUGAAGGCCUGAGCCCUGAGUACAUGGAGAUGAUAAUCCAGUACGGAUUUGUCUCUCUAUUUGUCGCGUCCUUCCCUCUGGCUCCUGUAUUUGCUCUGCUCAACAAUGUCAUUGAGAUUCGCCUCGACGCUGCCAAGUUUGUCACCGAGAUCCGAAGACCGGAUGCUGUGCGCUGCAAAGACAUAGGGAUUUGGUACAACAUUCUGUGUGGAAUCAGCAAGUUCUCUGUCAUUACAAAUGCGUUUGUCAUCUCCUUCACGUCUGAGUUCAUCCCCAGGAUGGUCUACCAGUUCAUGUACAGCCAGAACGGCAACAUGAACGGUUACACGGAGCACUCUCUCGCCUACUUCAACAUCAGUAACUUCUCUCUGGGCACGGCGCCCACCUCCACCCUCCUGAAGGGAGUCUCCAUCUGCAGGUAUAAAGACUACAGGGAUCCUCCAUGGGCAUCAGAUGCAUACACCUUUUCAAAGCAGUACUGGUCUGUCCUAGCUGCCAGAUUGGCCUUCGUCAUCUUCUUCCAGAACCUGGCCAUGUUCCUGAGCAUGCUGGUGGCGUGGCUGAUCCCGGAUGUGCCGCGCUCGCUGAGGGAGCAGCUGAAGAAGGAGAACAUGCUGCUGAUGGAGCUGCUGCUGAGCGGCGAGCAGGAUGCCGGGCGUCCCAGAGGCCGCUCCCCCGAGUGCGCCGCCCCACGCUUCCCGCCCACCAUCGACAUCGUGGUGGAAGCUCCGGAGGAGAUGGAGAGGGAGGAGGAGGACGAGCUAGAAGUGGACAGACUCUAUCGGCAGAGAUGCGACAGCCUGGAGACUGCUGGGAACUUCGGAGCCGAGAGAGGGGAGGAGGCAGGAAAGGAGGCAGAAGACAGAGGAGAAGAAGGAGACCGAGACGUGUUAGAGGAAGGAAAUACAGGAGGAGGAGGAGGAGGGGAAGAGAAAAUUGUUCAUGAAGGAGGUGAGAAAGACAAAGAGGAAGGGGUGGAGAAGGGAGGAGGAGGAGAGGAAGGAGGAGGAGGAGAGGAAGGAGGAGAGGAAGGAGGAGGAGAAGAGGGCAAAGAUUUGGAAGUGAAGCCAGAGGAAGAGCUGCCUGUCAGUUUGGAUCUGGAUGCUUUCAUGGAUCAGCUUGGCCUGUUAGAUUCAGACAUGGAGUUGCCUACCACAGACUCCCAGAAGGUCUGUCAAGCCCCCUCAGCCCCCUCGUCCAAGGCAGGCUCGCUCCACAGUCUCCAGUCAAGCUCAGAACCAGCAGGCAUGGCUCAGAACAUCACAAUGUUCUCCCUUAAAGGCCUUCCUCCCACAGACCCAGCCUCGAGGUCCAAAGCCCGCAGCUCCACACUGCCUCCUCGCCAGAGAGGCCCUGAAUCUGGGCACAGCCUACCCCGUCCCAGCCACUCCACCAGUCUAACCAGGUUUCAGCAGAUGUCCGCACAGGGCUCUCUGAUCCCUCUACACAUUUCUCUGGCUCCUUCUACAUCCAAGCCCCUGUCUUUCUCAAACACUCCCCUUUCCCCCACACAUGUACUCCAGUCCCCUCCUGCCAACCCUCCGACCACACUGCCCAAGCCUCUCUCCCCCAGUGAACUGUUCAUGCUCAAGGGGCCACCGGGGAGAGAGGCAGGCUCAAGAGCUAAGGGUCGCUGUUCCACUCUGCCUGCCCGCCCGAGAGGCCCUGAGGCUGGGGACAGCACUGCCAAGCCCAGCCAAUCCACAAGCUUUACCAAGCUGGGAGACUGUGUCCCCCCAUCCCCCAGCGAACUGAAGCGGGACACGCCAGUGUGAAGGAAGGAGAGGAGGAGAGCAAGGAAGGGGGUGGAGGAUGAUGGUGGGUGGAGAGUAGAGGAUGAUGGUCCAGCUGAGUCUCCCGUGUGCCUGGAGCAUCACCCCGUCUCCUCCCCUGCAGCCUUCCCCCCUCCAUUUCUGUAAAACUGGACUCCCCAGCCAGAGCAACUGAGCUGUCUAACUCCCCACCCCCUAUCACUCCAUUGUUGGAGAAGUGACAGGUGCAACAUUGAUACCUUGCCACUAAGGGCUUCCAGUUUUCGAUAGGAAAGUUCUAGAUAUUUUCCUUUAUUGACACCAGUCGAAUGGGUUAGGAAUGGCCUGCUGGAUAAAGGUGUGCGAUUGACAACUUAGAACAGCCCUGGAACUCUCUUUGCCAUGACUGCAGAUCUCUCAGACCGAAACAAAGACUUUUUCUACUGUUUCUGUCCACAGCCAUCACCCUAGUCACUGCUGCUCUGCUACUCAGCCCCACGCAAAACACUGCUCCCUGUAGGCCAGAAGAAGUAUGACAUAUUUACAGCAUAACCUAGUUGAAAAAUACAGAUAUGCUUGUAGUUGUAUUUAUUAACAUGAUGUAUUUUGAUCAUAUGAAAACAACUACCUUUAUUCAUAAGAAAAACACAAUGAAAUAAAAACACUUUUUUGCUAUUUGUUUUUCUUGUAAAAUGCAGAGGAAGGGAUAGUAUGUGCUUUAGAAAUCGGAAUAUGUUGGGGUAUUUAAAUCCACUCUGACACAGUGAAUAAUCUUGCCAGAAUAUUAAUGGCUGACGUUUGUUUAAAUGUUUCAGUAAAUCCAGCAAAGAGCAUGGUGUGCAAACCUAUGUGGAGCCACCACCUGGUUUGCAAUAGGACUGUGCCAAAUCACUGUAUGAAGCCUCGCAAUCAGUCUGGGUUUACCAAGGCCUUGACCGAAAAGGUAAUAGUUCAGUACUUCUGUCGUCACAUUGUCAUCCUGGAAACUAUACUAUUCUAAACUAUACUAACAAUCCAGGUGUGUGUGUGUGUCUGUAUUAUGUGUGUGUGUAAGUCCGAUGUUAUGUCAGUGAAUCACUAGCAUGUAUGUAGUGUGGAAUCAAGCCCUUAUGAUAUACCAUAUAUCAAAAGAAAUCAACUUUGUUUUUUUUACAACUUAACUACUUGUUCCUGCCAAUCAGCUUACCUGAUUUGGAGAUGUUUUGCUUCGAGACAAUAAUAUUCACAAUAAUAUUAUUCAAAAUAACUGUAUCAAUGUGUAGAAGAUACACAUUUAGGUCGGAUGAAGUCUACAAGCUUGAGAGUUCGGGACUUGAAAGCCGUCCGAACAAGCUGCAGAUGGAUCUACCUAACCUCACUAAGAAGAACAUAAUCUGGUUUAUACUGCUAUGGCUUUUUGUAGUGUAGAUCAAAUAUAACACCAAGGUAGUAGAUUACAAUAAAAAAAGUAAAAUACAAACUGAGUGAAGAUAAUAUCGAGGCUGUAUGUCUGUAUACAUGCGGAUGAAAUAACUUGCACCACUGUCCUCCAUGCCUUGAAUUUCCUGCCGACCGUUAUUGACUGCACCUUCAAUGGAAGCGGGGAAAGAUGGUCUCAGUGACUUACACAUAGUUUCAAUUAAACUCCACCAACACAUUUGUUUCGGUUUAUAAAAAAGGAAAUGUAUUGAUUCCAGCUUUUGAUAUUUUUACUAUAACUGGUGCUGAAACGGAUCAGUUUAAGACCAUUAUAAUUUCCUAUCCAUCAAGUCAGAAGGAUGUUGUAAUCUCAGUUUGGGAUUGCGACUGCAGUGCAGAGACAAGCCUAAUUGAAUGGUUCAAUGCAUUGAUGGGUGUGACCAUUUUCCACUCAAAUCAGUCACAUACAUACAGAAAUAUGUAGCAGCUUACUAUAUUGUGUUCAUUGGAAAUUUCCUAGAAUAGGCUAAACUAUAUUUGCAAUAUUUUCUGUGUUAGGAAAAUAUAUGAAUAAACUGUCACCCAAAUGACAUGACUUUGAGUGAGUGUGUCAAAGAGCAUUCUCUUUGUUCUAUGAGAUCAAAUAAGAACCACAUGAGAGCCCAACAUCCAAACCCACAGUUAAGCCUGUACUAACAUUACACAAGCCAGGCUGCAGGUCAGUCAUUCUUAC